GCCGACCAUUGGAGAUGCUCUUAUACCCAUCCAUUUCCCUGCCAUUCUCUACACAUACAUUCUGCAUACCAAUUUUGAUCUCACUUCACAUUCCAACAAUUCGUCGACGUUAAUCGCGGGAUUUGAUCAAGCCCCGGUAUUGACGAUAAAAAAAUUCUCAUACAAUUUGACGGAUAUAUAUCGCGGAAAAAGAAAAAGGUUUUUCCUUGUUUAGAGCUCCGGCUCUCUUUGAUAAACGCAGAUAAUUGCGUUUCGGUAGAUCAGGGUUUUUGGUCUCAUUUUAGUUUCGGUUCGGCAAUAUGCUGGGGCCAGGCUUGCACUUCAAUAGGAGUAGUAGAAACGGCGAAGAUCGGUUUUCCAGUGGGGCUAGGGCUCGACUGGCUCAAGAUUAUUUUCGGAGAGCUCAGAGUGAACCGCUGCCGGACAAGUCCAAAGCAGAAAUUCCGGCGUCGGAGCCCUCUCCUUUGUGUAAUCUGGAGAGGUUUUUGGAAUCAGUCACGCCAUCUCUACCAGCGCAAUAUGUAUCCAAGAUGAAAGCGAGGAGUUGGAGAACAUGUAAUGUAGUAGAAUCUAAGCCCUUCUUUGUACUGAGUGAUUUGUGGGAGUCAUUUAAAGAAUGGAGUGCAUAUGGUGCUGGGGUGCCUUUGGUACUUAAUGAUUGUGAUGGUGUUGUUCAGUAUUAUGUUCCAUAUCUGUCGGGCAUUCAGUUGUACGCUGACAUUUCAAAGAGUACAACCAAAUUAAGAUGUGGUGAAGAAAGUGAUGGUGAAUAUUUUAGGGAUUCAAGUAGUGAUGGAAGCAGUGAUAGUGAACAGGAGAGGUGUGGCUUGAGCUAUUCUAGAGAGCAACCAAGUUACUUCAAAAGCAGUAAUAGUCCUCUCACAGUAGAUCAAAUGGCAGUGAGAGAGCACCAAAGGGCAUUUCAAGAAGGUUUCUCUAGCGAUGAAGGGGAACCUGAAAUUUCUCAGGGAUGCUUGUUGUUUGAGUAUCUCGAACAUGCUCCCCCUUAUUCUAGGGAGCCUUUGGCAACCAAGAUAUCUGAUCUUGCUCUCCAUUGCCCAGAGCUAAAAACGAUGAGGAGUUGUGAUCUACUUCCAUCAAGCUGGAUUUCUGUCGCCUGGUACCCGAUUUACAGAAUACCUACGGGUCCAACUCUCAGAGAUCUAGACGCUUGCUUCUUGACCUUCCAUUCUCUUCAUACACCCAUGACAGGAAGUGAAGUCGUGCAUCCCCCUGCCGUGACAUACCCCAGCGAGGGUGAUGGCGCUCCUCAAGUUUUACUUCCAGUAUUCGGGCUGGCUUCGUAUAAAUACAAAGCACCGCUGUGGACUCCGUACACAGGACAUCAGCGGCAGCUGGAAAAUUCUCUGUUGCAAGCUGCGGAUAACUGGCUAAACUUGCUCCGAGUCAAUCACCCUGAUUUCUCCUUCUUCUGCCGCAGAUAAAAACUAGGUUGCCCAUUUCAACUUGGUCUGUUUUGCUCUGUUAAUAAUGUGUGUGAUGAAUAUUCAAUGGAAGUGAAAAAGAAAAAGAAAAGUAGAGACCUGUUUUAGUUGGUGAUGUGAUGAAAAAACAGAGCAGGAUAUAUUUGGUGAGCUGAUGAAUCUGAUGUAGGUUGGAGCCUAUUCGCAUGAGGAUUUUGGUAGAUAAUGUCAUGUUAUGUAUAUUAGUAGGUUUGACAGAUAUAGAAAGCAGUGUUUAGUUAA